AUGGCGUUCCUCUACGCAUAUCCAGACGUUGACCCGUACCCGACCACCCAUGUGGCGCACACCUUCCCCGAGAAGGGACACCAUCUACGCCACAUUCCUAUCCCCUAUCUCGCGCACAAGGCGCACAAGAUCUUCCACGACAAGGACCAGGAUGUCCACGUACCCAGGACCGACGUAAGGGAGACCCCAAAGAGCUUCUACGUCGAGGUCGAACUGCCUGGCAUCAAAGACAAGACCGAGCUCCAUCUACGUUGGACGUCUACGAGGACCCUGCUUGUGACCAGCAAGAUCACCAGGCCCGAGAUCCCAGAGUCGGAAAUGGUCUACGAUCCCGACACCGAAGGCAUCCUGGAGCCUACACCGACCGAGGAGGAGCGCGAGGAGAGACCUGUCGAAGGCGGAGAGGCAAAGAAGGAGGAAGAAACCCCCGCCAAGUUGGAGCCGCAUCUGACUGUGCACGAGAGACUGAUUGGCGAUUACAUGCGUGCUUUCAAUUUCCCGGUCGACGUUGAUCGCGACGAAACGCAUGCGAAACUGGACGCUGGACUGUUGAAGGUCAUUGUGCCAAAAUUGACGCACGGAACUGCUAUUUCAAGGCAUGUUUCGGUCAAUGUGCAUGAUGGGGAUUCCACCAAGGAAGCACCGCCAGCUUGA